AUGAAACUCUUCACACUCCUCCUUCCCGCCCUAACAUCCGCCCACUCUCUCUCUACCCUCCUCUCAACCCACCCCACCCUCUCCACCCUGCAUUCCCUCCUCAAGCAAUUCUCCCUGCUCGACGACUUCAACACACUCGCCAAUAUCACCGUCAUUGCACCCACAAACCAAGCCUACCUCGACCUCGCAAACUGGGGCUUCAACGUCAGCCAGAUCCCCGCGCCCGUUGCGCGCGCGCUUUUCCAAUACCAUGUAUUGGACGGCGAAUGGGAGUCGGAGAGUAUUAUUGGGAAGGGGAAGGUCGUGCAUACGUAUCUCAAACCGCCGGUGCUGACGAAUGUGACGGCCGGCGCGGCGGUGAAAUUGUCGAGCGUGGAUGGCACAAUCAUGACCGAAUCUGGGCUCGGGGUGGCUGGUGGUGUGGAAGAUGUGAAUUUGAGGUUCGACGGAGGAGUACUGCAUACGCUGAAUGCGAGCAUGGUACUACCUCAUAACAUCACGUUGACGGCGCAGAUCAAUGGUCUGGGCAGGUUUCUCGAACUCAUGAAUAGGGCCGGCGUGGUUGCAGAAUUCGAAGGCUUGAAGGACGUUACGGUAUUUGUGCCGCAUGAUGAUGCGCUUGAGAAGGCGGAUGUGGGGAAGAUGAGUAAAGAGCAGUUGGCGAGUUUGUUGAGGGGACAUGUUGUGCCGAAUCGGGUGUUGUAUGGCGAAGUGUUUGGGAAGAAGGGUGGGUAUAAGAGUUCGAAUGGAUGGGAGAUUCAUGUUGGAAAGACGGCAGAUGGCACGCUGACGGUGAACGGUAUCAAGGUGGUCAAAGAAGAUGUCAUAUUGUAUGCUGGGGUUGCGCAUGUCAUUGACAAGGUACUGGUGGCGGAUCGUGUUGAGCACAAGGGCGAUCGUUCCUACCUUCAUCUUGACGCCCAGAAGCCUUUGAGAUGA